UCUCUAUAUAUUCCUAGCAGGGACUUGCCCACAUCCAAUAUGGCGGGCAGCUCCUCGGCCCUGAUGGUGGCGGCGGCCGUAGCGCUGGGUGGCGGACUCCUCUUCGUUGCUCGCCGGAUUAUGAGCAGCAGCGGCGCCCGGGCUACGGCCUCCGCCCUCAUGAGGGGAAAGACGGUGAUUAUCACCGGGGCCAACUGCGGCAUAGGCCGGGCCACCGCGGCGGAGCUGCUCAGGCUGGAGGCCCGGGUCAUCCUGGCGUGCCGGGACCUGGAGCGGGCGGAGGAGGCGGCGAGAGAACUGCGGGAGGAGACCGGGGACAGCGGGGAGGUGGUGGUGAAGCAGCUGGACCUGAGCUCCCUGAAGUCUGUGCGGCGGUUUUGCCAGGAGGUGGUGAGGGAAGAACCUAAAGUUGACGUACUCAUCAAUAAUGCAGGGGUCUUCCAGUGCCCCUAUAUGAAGACUGAAGAUGGCUUUGAGAUGCAGUUUGGGGUGAACCAUCUGGGCCACUUCCUGCUCACUCACCUGCUGCUCGGCCUCCUGAAGAGCUCCGCCCCCAGCCGCAUCGUGGUCGUCUCCUCUAAACUUUACAAAUACGGAGAGAUUAAUUUUGACGACUUAAACAGUGAGAAGAGUUAUGGCCGAAGCGCUGCCUAUAGCCGCAGCAAGCUGGCCAACAUCUUGUUCACCAGAGAACUGGCCCGGCGCUUGGAAGGUACCGGGGUCACCAUCAACGUCCUUCACCCCGGAAUAGUCCGAACCAAUUUAGGGAGGCAUAUUAAUAUUCCCGUCUUGGUAAAACCUCUAUUCAAUGUGGUGUCCUGGGCUUUCUUCAAGUCUCCCGCCGAAGGAGCCCAGACAUCGGUCUUCUUGGCCUCCUCUCCAGAAGUAGAAGGGGUAUCUGGAAAGUAUUUUGGGGACUGUAAAGAGGAAGAUCUUUUACCAAAAGCUAUGGAUGAUUUGGUGGCCAGGAAACUGUGGGACAUAAGUGAAGUUAUGGUCGGACUUAUAAGAUAAAAAUAUGAACUAAUUCAAUGUUAGGAGAGAAAUAGAUGGAAAUACCGAUAGGUUGUUGCCUCCAAAAUCACUUGUAAAAGUCCUUGUGUCAUCCUGUGCUGUCAGGUUGUAAACAAUUCUGGUUAUAGCUUUGGUUUUAACCCAUUUAGGACAUCAGGCAUAAAUGUACACUCUUGUGCCGCUCCCGUUGUAUGAAGCCUGCUCAAUAGCUAAGCGUGAUUCAUACCCAGUGGGUAUCUGUUGCUAUCACUAGCCAGGACCCACUGCUAAUGCCGGACAUCCUCAAAAAGGCUGAUGUCUGGCAUGAACCCUUUAGACACCACAGUUAAAGGGGUACUCUGCUGCCCCAGCGGUCUGAACAUUUUGUUUUGAAUGCUUGGAGCAGGUGGCGGGGGGUCGUGAUGUUACGGCCACGUGCCCUCGUGAUGUCACACCACACCCCCUCAAUGCAGCUGCCACGCCCCCUCCCAUAGACUUGCAUUGAGGGGGUGUGGUGUGACAUCACGAGGGCACGUGGCAGUGAAAUGACGACCCCAGCCGCCCUCACCCAGCAUUCUAAACAAAUGCUGGGUGCUGCAUAGAGAUCGCGGGGGGUCCCAGCUGCAGGACCCUGUGAUCAGACAUCUUAUCCCCUAUACUUUUAGAGAGGGGAUAAGAUGUCUAGAGGGUGGAGUACUACUUUAAACUUAAUUGUGGCAUCUAAGACAGGUAUAAAGCAUUCCCAGUUAGCUCAGGGAGCUGAUCAGGACCACCAAGUCCUAAACAGCUGAGUGGAUGGAGGACCCCUACUUGUCUACAUCUAAUCAGUGCUCCUGUACUGCAGGCAGCCUUAGCAGCCAGUAGUAAUGGAGCGCCGAUGACACUGAUCAAUUCUGUGAUAUGGCAAAACAUUGUUCAGUGUUUGCAAUUGAAAGAUUGCACGCAAUGGUCCCCUGUGGGGAUAAAAAAAGGUUACUUAAUAUAAAUAAGCCCCUUCCUUAAAAUUGAGUUUCCCCCCCUUUUCCCAUUUUUCAAAUUAAACAUAUAAACAAACAUGCAGUAUCACCACGUGAGUAAAUGUCCAAACUAUUUAAUGGAGAUUUUCAGUCUAGGAAAAACGUAUCUCCUAUCCUAAGGAUAAGGGAUAAGUUUAGGAUCGCUGGGGGGGGUCUGACCGCGGGAACCCCCCCGCGAUCUCUCGUACGUGGCCCCAGUAGCCCGCGGGAAGGGGGCGGGGAAGCCACUGGACGAAGCGGCGGCUGACACUCCCCCAAUGCAACUCUAUGGCAGAGCCGGAGUGCUGCCUUUGGCAAUCUCUGCUUCUGCCAUUGCGCUGUAUUGAGGGGGCGUGUCUGCCGCUGCUUCGUAUGCUGGUCAACGCGCACUCUCUGGCCAGCGAGCCGGGGCCCCGUAGGGAGAUUGUGGAGGGCCCCAGCGGUCGGACCCCCCGCGAUCUGAAACUUACCCCCUAUCCUUUAGGAUAGGGGAUACUUUUUUUUUAGGACUAGACUACUCCUUAUAAAAUCUAAUUUUAAUGAAACUGCACAGUCCAUGGUGUAAGUAUAACUUAAAAUAAAUCCGGAAUUGCUGAUUUCACACAUUUUAUUUCUUGCUGUGUUUUUGUUUUUUGUCUCAAGGAAGUAGUUCUCUUAAAAAUGUACUUUUGAAUAGGGAAAAGCAUUCAUGGAUUCAUGGGGAAAUGUAGGCAGCAUCAGAAAUCCAUAUUGGUGAAGAAUUUACCUCCAAUAUGGGGCAUAUUCCAUGCCUGCUGUAUAAGCACAAGGCAUACAUAAAACAGUCUACGUUAUAUUCUGAUAGUUUAUGCUGAAAAAAAAAAAAUACCUCCAAUGUAGCCAAAAACAAUGAGCCAAAAAAAAGAGGUGUUAACCCAGCCUUAGUUACAUCUUUAGAGAACAUUUCUUGGUGAUUUUGUGUGUUUUGCACUUUUUUUAUUUUAUUUAGGUAGCUGUUGUGGUGAAAUAAUAUUAAAAAGGUUUUCUGGAA